AUGGACGAAAGAAUCGCUCCGCAGACGGUGGAAACUCUGCGUGGGGAGGAGAGCUUCAGCCAAGAGAAAGACGAGGGACACGCUGAUUUCAAUUCCUCGACGUCAAAAGAGCAUAACCACGUCACGACCAGCAGUAGCAGUGAUGAAUCAAUUAUCGAUGAUGAUGAAGCACGCAAAACGCUCGACUUCGAGGCCGACGACUCGCCGUACCCGGAGGUACGCGCUGUGGUAUCGCCCAAGGAUGAUCCGUCCAUGCCCGUCAACACAUCACGCAUGUGGAUUAUUGGCAUACUAUUCACAAUAAUCGGAAGCGCCUUGAAUCAGCUGUUCAGUCUGCGACAGCCUAGUGUCACCAUUUCCUCUUUUGUUGGCCAGUUGCUCGCGUAUCCCGUGGGUAUCUUUUGGGCUCGCGUUGUGCCUAUUGGCUUCUUCAACCCGGAUCGCAACUUCAACGUCAAAGAGCAUGCGCUCAUAACAAUCAUGGCUAACGUGUCGUUUGGAUCUGCCUCAGCCACACAGGUGAUCGAGGCCAUGACGAAGUUCUACAACCUGGGAUACAAUCCGGGAUUCGGCAUUCUAUUUACUCUGUCAACACAGCUGUUCGGUUUCGGCCUCGCUGGCCUGUUUCAGCGGUGGCUAGUUCAGCCCGCAGCAAUGAUUUGGCCAGGCGUGCUCUCCAACUCUGCCCUUUUGAUGGCACUUCACACUAGGGCAAACGCCGUUGCAGAUGGGUGGACUAUAUCUCGAAGGAAAUUUUUCCUUGUGGUCUUUUUGGUUGGAUUUGCCUGGUAUUUCCUGCCGGGAUUUUUGUUCAAGGCACUGAGUUAUUUCAGUUUUAUCUGCUGGAUUGUCCCGCAUAAUGUUGUCGUCAAUCAGCUGUUUGGACAGGUGACCGGCUUGGGGAUGUCCGUCCUGACGUUUGAUUGGAGCCAGGUCGUCUUUGCCAACGCAAACCCGUUGUUAACGCCACUUUGGGCGGGCCUGAAUGUUAUCGGUGGCUUCGUUUUCUUCUUCUGGCUCAUAUGCCCCAUUCUCUAUUACACCGACACGUGGUAUUCCUCGUACAUGCCUAUGAUGAGCUCCGAUGUCUACGAUAAUACCGGGAGCGUGUACAACACUUCCAGGAUUAUGAAUGCGGAUGCUACAGUCAACUAUCAGGCGUACGACAACUAUUCACCCAUGUUUUUACCCGCCGGCUAUGCUUUGACCUAUGGUAUUGCGUUUGCAAAUCUAACAGGAAUUUUCGUUCAUAUUGCUCUCUACCACGGCAAGGAGAUAUGGACCAUCUGGAAAGGCGAAGGAAAGAAAGACAUUCACGCGCGGAUAAAUGCAGCAUACCGUCAGGUGCCGUGGUGGUGGUUUGCCAUUGUCACUGUCAUAAUGUGGGUGUUAAAUAUCAUCGUCAACGAGGUCUGGAGUACUGGUCUGCCAGUGUGGGCUGUCUUUGUUGGAUUUGUCCUGCCUCUCGUCUAUUUCAUGCCAAUCGGAAUCAUUAAAGCGUUGACCAACAUCAGUACCAAUGAGAUUAAUCUCAUUACCGAAUUUAUUGGAGGUUACGCUUUCCAGGGAGUACCCGUUGCUAAUAUGUCAUUCAAAUUCCUUACGUAUGCUGGUGUUGCGCAAGGAUUGGAAUUCAUUUCGGACCAAAAACUUGGUCAUUAUUUCCACAUCGAGCCUCGAACAGUGUUUUUCGCACAAGGCCUUGCCACUCUGGUAGGAGCUUUGGUUCAAGCGGGAUUGACACUCGGCAUUCUGGAGGGCGUUCCCAACGUGUGCACCAAUCAAUCAAACGGAUAUACUUGUCCACAUGGAACUGUCACAUAUUCCUCAUCUCUCAUCUGGGGUGCUCUGGGCCCCAGCCAUAGUUACUCGCCAGGGCAAAUCUACGGAAAUUUGCUUUGGUUCUUCCUUGUCGGCCCUCUCGCUGUGCUUUUGACAUGGACCCUUGGACGCAAGUGGAAUUUCUUCAAUUACAUUUCCUGGCCUGUGGUCUUUGGUGGCAUGACUCUUGUGCCGCCGGCUACUGGUAUCAACUUUUCGUCUUGGUGGGCAUUCAACGCGAUCUUCAAUGGUAUCAUCAAGCGACGCAAAGGGGCUUGGUGGACUAAAUAUACCAUCUCACCAGACUAUAUCCUCGCCUCCGCGCUUGACUGUGGCGUCGCAGUCUCCACUGUGAUUAUCUUCUUCUGCAUCACCCUGCCCGGCGCCAGUCUGACAUGGUGGGGAAAUACUGUCUAUGAGAAGACGGCAGAUGGCCUCGGGACGCCGUAUAGACAACUGGCAGCAGGCCAGACUUUUGGGCCAUCAAGUUGGUCUUGA